CGAAACCGGAAACGUUAAACAUAUGCCUGCGAAGUAGACAUUAUAUAUCUACUUUCUAAUACAUGAUGGUUUGCUAAUUUGAAGGAGUAAGCAGUCAUAACACUGUCCAAGAGCAAACUGCGAAUAUGACAAAUGUGUACUCUUUCGAUGGCAUCCUGGUGUUUGGGUUGCUCUUCAUUUGCACUUGUGCGUACCUCAAAAAGGUGCCUCGCCUCAACAGCUGGCUGCUGUCAGAGAAGAAAGGAGUGUGGGGUGUCUUCUACAAAGCUGCAGUAAUUGGGACACGGCUCCAUAUUGCUGUGGCGAUGUCCUGUCUGGCCAUGGCUUUCUACGUUAUCUUUUUGAAAUGAUACAGUCAAACUGAUCUGGAAAGGAGUGGACGGGUGCAGGCUGGGGAUGGAUUUAUCACCGAGGUCAUCUGCCAAUCCUGGUUGUGGGACACUGGAUUAUGUGCCUGAUGAAUUCCCAUUGUCCUGUGGGCCCCAAGACUAGCCAAUGCUGCCCCCUUUUGGUGGCUGUGUACAUAACUCUUUCCAUAAGAAUGCGUGUGCACUACAAACAUGAAGGGCAUUCUGAUUUUACUCCACAGUUAUCACAGAGGAGAGAACCUGCUUGGUCACAUGGUAUCAUUUUGUUGUUGGGUAACACUGUUCAUUGUGUCCAUCCACACCCCAUAGUUAUUUAUAUUGAAGGAUGCAGGAUUGAAGAGCAGUGUGGGCAUUAUCCCUUAUAUACCCUUAUACAUUAUCCUGUAUACAACUUAAAAUUUCCUAGCUGUAUAUAUAUAUGGGAAAAAUUAUGACCAGUAGAGAUCUGCCAGCGGUUAUAUGUGAUCAAACUAAAAAUGCUCAAAUUAUGCUUGCUCCCAGCUGUGCUGCUUUUCUGUUAAGUCUUCUGUAAAGGGUGGAUGGGAAGAUAAAUCUAAUAUAUAAAAUCUUUCUUGUGUACACUAUAGUUUUCUAUUUUAUUUUAGCUUUUUUUAGGCAUCUUUUAUUUUUUACAUUUUCUGCCACAGCUAUAUUGUAUUUACUUUGACAUCUAAUUCUAGAUAACAUUUUGAAUGUUACAAAUUGGGCUGUAAUAAUAAAGUGCAUAUGUCAGCAUGUUUUGAAAAUUGGAUAGCUAUAUUAGACUUGGCAGGAGAUUUAAAUGUAAAGCCAAAUAAGGAUGGUGCUCCUUUAAUUCUGCCACCUUAUUUUUUAUUCUUGGAGUAAAUUGCUUUGGGAGGGGAUGCAAUGCAAUUUUGAGUAAAAGCUUGAUCAUACAAUUUCUGUUUGUCUUUGUGAAACAUGGGUCAGGUUUUAAGUGACAUACAGCCAAGACAAGUCAAAUUGUGAUUGUGUGGUCCAAUAUCACAAAUCACAAAUUAGUCUCAGUGGGUUUACAGCCUGUUCAGCAUAUGACACCCUCUGUCUUUAUAGACCUUUGAAUUGGAUAAAUAAAACUUUCCCCCAAAAACCCUUUAACAUGGGGGAAAAUGGGAGAAACCCCAGGAAGAGCAACAGAAGAGGGACUCCUCUUCCAGAAUGGACGGAUGUGCCAUAGAUCUUGUGUCUGCAGAAUAAAUCCACUAAAUAGAUUUAUGGUAUAGACAAUUACUAUUUUUGGCACUAAUUGACAGAACACACCCUGCCAAAAUCCUUAGCAUUAAUCCAAAUGCAGUACAAAUCUAAAAUACCUACCUUGACUCAUUUUAUACCUGGAUAGUUCUGUAUCCGCUUUGAACAUCUGGGCAGUGCAAUUCUGCCCCCAUUGUUUUUCAGGUCACUAAAACUGAGUGAAAAGCAGAUUUCAAGUCUUGCCAUCAACUCUGAAUUGAAUUGAGGAUUUUGGACAUUUAUUAUAAAGCCAUCCAUGUUGCAUCUUUGUCAUGCGUGGGCUUGUUCUCUUUCUUUAAAGUCAUUCUUCAUCUGAUCUCUGGUUUACCUCCAAGACAUAUCUGUAUUUCCUACAUUUAUUUCCCUUAAAUUCCCACAGUAUGAGGCUACAUGCAUCGCAGUGGACACUGUGUAUUUCUGCCACUAUGCAGUGUUGGGCUUCCAACAAACACUGCAUGUAGCAUAAAGGUGUGUUAUUACUGAAGAUAUUUUCAGAUCUAUGAGGCCAUAAAACAUACAAGUUUUUCUCAUUCUUUUACCAUCUGCUUUCUCUGAGACAUGCCAGGUCUUUUCCAACAAGCUGUGACUUGAGAUGCACCACGGCAACAGUUUUUGUGUGUGUCUCCCAUCUCACCCACAGAACCCUGUAUUUCAUUUACACUUGUCCCAAGUCUUUUGGUGGCAACUGCUUUUAGUACUCCUCUCACAAACAUUCUCGGUUUAUAAGGACAACCAUCUCUCCGCACAGUCACAGCUGUGCCGUAUUCUCAUUGUUUACGAUGGAGGGCUACUCGGUGCUUUGGAAUCAGCCUUGUAUCUGUAAUUCUUUUCACUUUGGUUAGGUCUUUUUCUCAGCAGACAUUUGAGUUGCCCUACUAGGGAAAGUAUGGGUGUUAACACAAAUUACCAUGGGACUGCGUGCUUGUGCAGUAAUCUGUACAAGUGCC